AUGGGGGACUCUGCUGGUGGUAUUAAACCAACGUACGCACAAGCAAUGGUGAAACAGGAUUCGUCUUCUUUCAAGAUGCCGAUGCGAUACCCAGUUGACAUAAAUGGAGAAUCAGGUUUCAUUUUUACUAAUCUGGAGAUGUCGAAAGCAGCCGAUGAUUUUCGUUUUGCUCUAGUUUUGAAGUUUGUUCGUAUACAUCCUCCGAUAGAAAAGAUUCGGCGUCAUAUUAUUAAAUCCUGGGGGUUAUUGGAAAGUCCUACGAUUAGUUUCAUGGAUGCAUAUUAUGUGCUCCUACGGUUGCAAACGGAAAGGGAUUUUGUGCAUGCCUGGGCGAGAGAAGGCAGAUUGAUGGAAGGUUGCGUGUUCCGUAUAUUCAAAUGGACGAAGGAUUUUGAUCUUCAUAUUGAACCCUCACUAGCACCGCAGUGGAUUUUUUUGCCUGGGCUACCCAUGCAUCUAUAUAGGCAGGAUUGCCUGCAGAUUCUAGCCACACGGUUUGGUCGAUAUUUGGGCACAAAUCAUGCAACUUUGAACCAAACGAGAGCAACGGGUGCGUGCAUGUGUGUUGAAAUCGAUCUGAAGGAAGAUCUGGUGCAAGGCUUCCCGAUUGUGGUGUCUGUGAAUAAGACCCUUUGGCAGGCGGUAAAAUAUGAAAAGCUGGGCUUCUAUUGCACUAAAUGUUGUAGGCAAGGGCACACGGUAGCAGUAUGCAGAAUAGGUGAGUAUAGGAAGAAUUCGAGUAGGGAGAGGAUCACAGUUUCGUGUCAGGAUUGGAAGAAAGUAACAAAAGAGAACGAGUUGCAAAUGGAUAUCUCGAUUCUGAAAGAAAUUCCUCAGAGUACAACGGAUUGCAAGGACAAUGAUGAAGGAAAACAAGUGCUUAAUGAUUUAACCAUUAUUGAAUUAAAGGAAGGCGAAUUUACGACAAAUGAUGGACAGAGUAUGGAGAUUCUUCAAUUGGAGAACAUGACAGUAAAAGUUCUGCCAGACUGUUCUGGCCUUGAAGAUGUUGGCACUCUGGUUUGUGAGGAUGUGAUGGCAGAGGAGAUUCUGAAGACAGUGGGAUCAAAUUUUUCAAAGGGUCUGAGUGUAAUACAAGAUGGAGGAGGGUCUGUAGUGUUGACCCAAGACGAAAUGCAAGUGGUGGAUUGGGAUACUUUGGUGGAGAUGUCUGGGAAGAAGGACAGUAAGCAGGGGCAUAUGGCUCUGGUUUCUGAACUGUUAGAAUUAGAAUGCCAAGCUAAUUCAACAACUGCUGAGAUAUCCCUUCCAGGUGAAGGCAUGACAGAGAGUUUUUCUGAUGGAGAAACGAGAUGCAAAUCCCCAACCUUAAUGAAAGAGAGGUGUUAUGAUUCAGAUACAGAUCUCCAGGUCGCUUUGAAGGUUAGUGGCAAAAAGCAGGCGGUCCGUCAAUCCCUACGGGUUUUAUCCCGUCCCUCUAAACUAAACUUGUAA